AUGAAAGGAUCAUUUAUUAUUUUGUCGGCCUUUUUCGUGUCGUCGUUAGCUUUGGGUAAAACGAAUACGAGACAACCUUCCCUAUCAGUGUUAAACGUAUUAAGGACGGAAUGUUUAAACGCUUUUAAUAACCUUUGGAAAGAUGUCGGCGGCGGCGGCGGUGGCGGGGGUGGACAACAUAAACUCUCCGACAUGGAUUUGUUGAGUGUUUUUAAAAAGCUUCAUGUGAAAAUCACCGAAGGAGAAAAAUCCAUAAUUCCUUCAAACAAUUAUCUAGUCACGUCAGAUUGGACGUAUGCGACAGUGGAAGGAGAAAUAAUAAAUAUAAAUACUUAUUAUGAAACGUUUGUCAGAUUUCAAAGGGAUCAUUCGACGAGGGAUGAUUUUCGUAAACCACCCUUGGCUUGGUCAGAUUUAGCUCGUACAUAUUUACAAAAAUCUGAUUUUGGAGUUAUUAAAAGUUUAGAAAAAUUAAAUUAUUAUUCGGCUUCGAAAAUCGAAUCGGAAAACAUUUUUUAUAAAGUUUACAAGGAAACUGAAUUCAAUAUUUGUGAUUUGAAACAAUCUCCUCAUCAAGUUUUAUACAAUCUUUAUAAUACGAUAUCAUUGGCAGAAUUAAAAGCCAACAUCGUUUUACAAUUUUCUUAUUUGUUAUUGAAAUUGUAUGAAAAAGGUAAUUUUACACUUGAAGCUCAAUUAGCCCUGUCAAAAUACGAAGAAAGGUACAAGCAGAAAAAUGAUGUCAUAAGAGAUGUUUUGAUGAACGCUGACAGGUCUUUGUACAAAUGCGAUCCGAAGCAACACGUCGAAGGAGUCACGUAUGUUAAAUUGACCAAAUUGCUCCAGGGUUACAUAGAAAACGAAGUCAAUUUAAACGGUGGCGGUUCCUGCAGCGAAAAUUGCGGUUAUUACGAAUAUACCGAGUAUAACGGUUGUUAUCAUAAUCAAUUUUGCUCUCAUCAACCUCCCUGCCGUGGAAAAGUAUUAAAUUGUAAAUUUGUCGAUUCGGAUAUGACGAUUUGCCGUUCAUCGAAUUCUGAAAGGCGUUACGAUUGGAUAGAAUACGAAAAUGGUAAUAAUUUAGGGAAUCCGGGUGUUUGCGAAAAUAGAAAUCUAUUUAAAGUUGAUUCAUGGUGGAGAUAUUUAUUUUGGCAUUGUUCUUAUUGUUUGUGUUUGUGCGAUGAUCCCGAAGAUAGUGAUAGAUAUUUUAAUUUAAGAGACGUUACUUCAGAUGUUGAAAAGAAUAAAGUCGUAACCGGAAUCAGAUUGGUGAAACACAAUCGUAUUAUUCACAUUCAAAUACAACAGGGAUCUCUAAAUCCCAGAGGUAUAAUCAACAAUGGCACACUGUCUUGGAAACCUGUUGAUAAUUACACUAUUGAUGAUUUAAAUGUUGAAAACAAUGUCGAUUAUCACACAAUGACUUGGGCUGAAAGAACGAUCGACAUGGACGACGUAUUUGGACCUUCUGAACAUGCCGUUACGGGCGUAAGAUUUCGGAAAUUGGGUUCACAUUUAAAUUUAGAAAUCAGAGUUACGCCGUUUAAUUUUACAACCGGUCAAGUAUCAAGCACGGAUAAAAGUUAUUGGCUGGCAAACGAUAACACGGAUGGAAAUUUAAAAAAUCCGAGAACGGAAAUACGAUUAAAUAAUCCGGAUAUACCAAUAAGAAAAGGUCCUCACACGUUGGAUUCGAAACACGAUCAAUAUUUACAAUUUAAAAAUUCGGAUUUUAAUACGGAUGCCGGUCAAAAUACGAUACCCUAUAUAGAUUCACAAGCGUUGACUUCACACGGUUUUCCAUUGUCUGGAUUGGGUUUGAUACACAGGGGAAGGAAAAAUUCUGGAGGUUUUAUAGCACCUAAAUUAGUAACCUACGAUUUUACUCCACACAUAGCCGUCAAUUAA